GGUAACAUCCAACUGAAGAAAGCAACAAAAGCCGUUCUCGAGAGAUUUUUAGCCAGAAUUGGCGGUGGCACUCAGAGGAGUCUAUCUAACUUGGUGGUCAAUGGGUGAUGUUUGGUGAUAGAGUGACGGGCGAGGAGAGAGAUGCGUUAUGGUCUAAAGGCGAGAACACUUAGACUCUCACAGGAUCUUGUGUCGUCAAUUACUUCUUCACCACUGGCAGCGUACCUCCGUCCUAGAAUCUACCUCUCGUAGUCAUCGACAGGCGCUUGGGAUUACGGCGUAAAACUACAUGUGAUUUUAUUCGCGUGUGAAUGCAUGUGCGUGUGCUAAUUCUGACGUGUGAUUGUCAACCUACGCCCGAUCUGGCAAACUUUGAUGUUUGACUACCCUGAGGAUUCAAACACAACAUCCUCUAACACCACCCCCAUGAAAGAAGAGAGUACCCACCCAUCUCAAACGACACUGACACCCGUAAGAAACUGGAUGCAGCCCACGGUGGUAGACCAGGGUGGCAGUGCCGGACUCGGCCGGGCUCACUUUGAAAAACAGCCACCCAGCAAUCUGAGAAAGAGUAACUUCUUCCAUUUUGUCCUCGCUCUGUACGACCGGCAAGGGCAGCCCGUCGAAGUCGAGAGGACUGCUUUUAUAGACUUCGUGGAAAAAGAUCAGGAAUCUGAAGGACAAAAAACUAACAAUGGAAUUCACUAUAGGAUUCAGUUGCUCUACGCCAACGGCGUGCGACAGGAGCAAGAUUUGUAUGUCCGUCUUAUUGACUCCGUCUCAAAACAGGCAAUCAUUUACGAAGGCCAGGAUAAAAACCCAGAAAUGUGCCGAGUUUUACUUACACACGAAGUGAUGUGCAGCCGAUGCUGCGACAAGAAAAGUUGUGGAAAUCGCAAUGAGACUCCAUCUGAUCCCGUCAUCAUUGACAGAUUUUUCUUGAAGUUUUUCAUGAAAUGCAACCAGAACUGCUUAAAGAACGCUGGAAACCCACGCGACAUGAGAAGAUUCCAGGUGUCUGUUUGUACAAAUGUUGCGAUAGAUGGCCCUCUGUUAGCUGUGUCGGAUAACAUGUUCGUACACAAUAACUCCAAACAUGGACGGAGGGCUCGGCGCUUGGACCCGACUGAAGGGGACAUGUCCAGUGGCUAUGGUCAAAUUCCUCAUGUAUUUUGGGGCAAAGUGGAAGUUUCCUCCAGAAAUGAACUUGGGCCCACGCCGUGUAUCAAGGCUAUAUGUCCGAGUGAGGGGUGGACAACAGGAGGGACGACAGUCAUCAUCAUCGGUGACAACUUCUUCGACGGAUUACAAGUCGUGUUUGGAACUAUGCUUGUUUGGAGCGAGUUGCUGACGUCACAUGCGAUACGGGUACAGACGCCCCCUCGUCACAUCCCGGGGGUGGUGGAGGUCACUCUGUCCUACAAGUCCAAACAAUUCUGCAAAGGAGCACCGGGCAGAUUUGUGUAUACAGCGUUAACAGAACCAACGAUAGACUACGGGUUUCAACGCCUCAUGAAAUUGGUACCACGCCAUCCUGGGGAUCCAGAGCGACUUCCCAAAGAAAUAAUCUUAAAACGUGCCGCGGAUCUAGCCGAGGCACUCUACAGUAUGCCCCGUAACCCCAACCAGCUAUCACUCCCAGCCCCCAGGUCCCCCGCCAUGAACAACACAUCCCCAAUGUCCGGAUUCAACACCUACCCUGGUCAGCUAGCGGUCAGCGUGGCCGAUACAGUCACCGGUCAGUGGGAAGAAGGCUACAACAGAAGCCAGAGUUCCAGCGUAUCGCCCCGUGGUUACGGGUCCAACGGAUCCACGCCACACAGUACAAACAGUGGAAGCUACGCAGGCACGCCGGGAAUGAACGGGUAUCACGGAAGUGCUGGUGCGCUAGGCAAUAUGGGUUUAGAUCAUUUUCUCAGAGAUGAAGCAGGAAGAUUGGGAGCUGGAAUGAGCAGCAUAGUAGCGUCGCCGUUUACGAGCGUCAACCCAUUCGCUCUGCCCACGUGCAACUCACAAUCAUACAGCAGCUCCAUCGUGUCUCCUGCAAAAUGAUUGGUUGGAAUUCACAGUGUAGGUCCGGACUGAAUACCUCAACAUUACAUGAUUGGACGGAGUGUUAAACCGGAAGCGCAGUGUGCGUUGAUUGAAUUGGAUGGUUUAUGCACAUUGUGGGCAAAGACGAUAUCAGUGCUAACAUAACACGAACAAUUCGAGGAAAAAUGACCAUACGAAACAAGACACAGCGCUUCCUGCCCGGAGAAUAAAUUCUACUACACUCUAGGAAGUACGAUACGUCGGGAACGAUAUCGGCUUCCAUUCCUCCUCACAAACAUGCCCAUUAGGAAGGUGUCUGGGACGGGACAUGAAAACUGCGCACGUGAUCAUAGAAGUGAUCCUUGUUUAGUCUGAACGUGAUCGUUCAGGAUGUUUGCUCUAGCCUGAGUGUGUUUCUCUGUUUCACAGACUUCUUGUUUACUCGUGUCUUGCCAAGGGAGAUAACUUGUCUCAUGGGAGAUAACUUUGUCUCAAGGGAGAUAACUUUGUCUCAUGGGAGAUAACCCUGCCUCGUGGGAAAUAUACCUGAGGGUAACCCUUUCUCAUUGUAAAUACUCAUUUCCUAGUCCCAAAGCUCAGUGGACAUUUUGCUCACCAAAUGACAUAAAACCCAAGAGAUUAUUUUUGUUGGUCUUUACGUUACCCUUCAGUCACGUGUCUUUGUUUCUGAUUGUAAUUGUUUUGCGACGUGUUCUGGCGUGAUGUAGAUUUAUUUAUUCGUAGCGAGUAAAACAAAACGGGACAUUUGAGCACAUAUAUAUAAUUGUACAUAUUACGAUAAGUUCAGUAUUCGAAAACAGUAAUUUCACAAAAUAGAUUUGACGCUACGAAACCCCCGAAUAAUUUAUGGACAAAAAUAUGCAUAAUAAGGCAGCAUUAAUGCUCUCAAAGAGAGAUCCACCAACGCUUACCCUACUCUCACGUUUCAUAUUGUUAACAUAAUACUUUAUAUAUAAUUCUUGCAAAAAUAAAUACUAACGAAUAAUUUAUGGGUAUCAAUGUACCCUGCCCCGAAGUCCCAUCUCAGGUGAAACCGAAGUGCUGGAGGCAUGGAUUCUGUAUAUUGAGUGUCAAGUCUUACGUGGUUAUGUUACAUCGUAUCUUAUUGCAUUUUGAUCUCAUAAUAGAGUAUCGCCUGUUCUUAUGUACUUAAUUGCAUACUGUAUACAAUACUCAAAAAGUAUUACAAGGGCUGUGGAAAGACACCUUAUCGACGUAGGUUUUAUUUUUGUACAUUUUUAAAACAUACCUCCUCACUUUAAGUUUAUUCUCUGCGAAUGAAUUUCUCCUUUUCUCGGAAUAUCCACCGAUAUCUAGUCAUUUUCUAGUCAAUCUAGUUGAUUUUGCCGGCAAUAUUUCUUUGACAUUGGCGUCUGAUUCGCCCGAUAGUUUCGCAUGGUUCUAGUCGCGACAUGUCUGAUCUAGUCCCGCCAUGUCUAUUCUAGUCCCGCCGUGUCUAUUCUAGUCAUUGCUGUUCAAAUGAUCUCUGCAACAUCACAGUUUGACCAUAGUAUGGGUUCCGAUCUUUCCUUGCACAACGCACGUGGGAUACUGUACUUAUGUAUUACAAAGCAUACUCUAUAAUCUCGCGUGCGUUCUUUCAUUUAACCAAAUCAUUCUGUCAAAGUACUAUUUAUUACUGAAAAUAUUGUUUUUAUAUUGAAAGUUUGAUUAUGAUUAAAAUGUUUUUCUUCCA